CUACCAUGUUAUAAAAUAUUACAAAAUUCAAAUUAAAUUACAGCUGCUACUCCAGUCGCUGAGUUAAUUCAAAAAAUUUUGAAAUAACACACCCACCUCACAUGACAGGACCUGCAAUUUCGUAGCAAACGCUCAAGUAGCUAUCGCGUACGAGCAAUCCAUCAGCUCGCAUCGCUAGACGCUAUUGUACUGUGGGGGGUGACGUGUGUAUUACGAUACCAAAACCACCCUCACAUUUCACCAAUUUUGACUCUCUCUCUCUCUCUGUCUUUCUCUCUGUCUAUAUGCCUGCUGAGGGCGGGAACUCGAAAAUUUCCUCCCUCAAAUUGUUCUUUCGGGUUUGUUAGGGUUUCUCUUGUUUUUAUCACCUGCAAUUCCCUUCUCUAGGGUUUUUAUUUAUUAAGCUCUGGUUUCGAUUUUCGUUCAUUGGGAACCCAAGAUGAAUCUACGCAAGGGCACUAAGGUUUGGGCACCAGAUAAGAAUUUGGCGUGGGUUGCUGCUGAAGUUACUGAUUUUGUUGGAAAGAAUGUUCAAGUCCUCACUGCUUCUGGCAAGAAGGUUUUGGCUUCUCCGGAGAAGCUGUUUCUUAGGGAUGAUGAUGAGGAGGAGCAUGGAGGAGUGGAUGAUAUGACGAAGUUGACUUACUUGCACGAGCCUGGAGUCCUUUACAAUCUCGAAAGGAGAUAUGCUCUUAAUGAUAUUUAUACAUACACAGGAAGCAUUUUGAUAGCUGUUAAUCCAUUCACCAAGCUUCCUCAUCUUUACAACGUGCAUAUGAUGGAGCAGUAUAAAGGAGCACCAUUUGGUGAGCUAAGUCCUCAUGUUUUUGCUGUUGCAGAUGCAUCAUAUAGAGCGAUGAUGAGUGAAGGUAGAAGCCAAUCUAUACUGGUUAGUGGAGAAAGUGGGGCUGGAAAAACUGAGACGACAAAAUUGAUUAUGCAGUAUCUCACUUAUGUUGGUGGUCGAGCCUCUGGUGAUGAUAGAACAGUUGAACAACAAGUUCUUGAAUCAAAUCCACUGUUGGAGGCAUUUGGUAAUGCAAGGACUGUCAGAAAUGACAACUCAAGUCGUUUUGGAAAGUUUGUUGAGAUCCAGUUUGAUGGAAAUGGUCGAAUAUCUGGUGCUGCUAUUAGAACAUACCUGCUGGAACGGUCUCGUGUAGUUCAGAUAACAGAUCCUGAAAGGAACUACCAUUGCUUUUAUCAAUUGUGUGCAUCUGGGAUGGAUGCAGAAAAGUACAAAUUGGAUCAUCCAAGCCGCUUUCAUUACUUAAAUCAAAGUAAGACUUAUGAAUUAGAUGGAAUUAGCAAUGCGGAGGAGUACAUAAAGACGAGGAGGGCAAUGGAGAUUGUUGGUAUAAGUCAUGAAGAUCAGGAGGCUAUAUUUCGCACCUUGGCUGCAAUUCUUCAUCUUGGAAAUAUUGAAUUUUCUCCUGGCAAAGAACAUGAUUCUUCAAUUGUAAAGGAUCAGAAGUCUAGCUUUCAUAUGCAGAUGGCAGCUAGUCUUUUUAUGUGUGAUGUCAACUUCUUGCUGGCGACUUUAUGUACUCGUACAAUUCAAACCCGUGAAGGAAGUAUUGUAAAAGCUCUCGACUGUAAUGCUGCUGUUGCUAGUAGGGAUGCCUUGGCAAAGACAGUUUAUGCUAGACUUUUUGAUUGGCUUGUUGAUAAGAUUAAUAGGUCUGUUGGGCAAGAUCUGACUUCUCAGAUUCAAAUUGGAGUAUUGGACAUUUAUGGCUUUGAAUGCUUUAAACAUAAUAGUUUUGAGCAGUUCUGCAUUAAUUUUGCAAAUGAGAAACUUCAGCAACAUUUUAAUGAGCAUGUGUUCAAGAUGGAACAGGAGGAGUACAGAAAAGAAGAAAUUAAUUGGAGCUACAUUGAAUUUAUAGACAACCAGGAUGUUUUAGAACUAAUUGAGAAGAAACCUAUUGGGAUAAUUGCCCUCUUGGACGAAGCUUGCAUGUUCCCAAAAUCAACACAUGCAACACUUUCAACCAAGCUAUUCCAGAAUUUCCGUGCUCACCCAAGGCUGGAAAAGGCAAAAUUUUCAGAAACAGAUUUUACUGUUUCUCAUUAUGCUGGCAAGGUCACCUAUCAAACAGACACGUUUUUAGAUAAAAAUCGUGAUUAUGUUGUGGUAGAACAUUGCAAUCUGCUAUCUUCUUCCAAAUGCCCCUUUGUCGCUGGUCUUUUCCCUUCACCUCCUGAGGAAUCUUCACGAUCUUCUUAUAAGUUUUCUUCUGUAGCCUCUAGAUUUAAGCAACAACUUCAAGCACUUAUGGAAACCCUCAACUCAACUGAGCCUCAUUAUAUACGUUGUGUGAAGCCAAACUCUUUUAAUCGACCUCAGAAAUUUGAGAAUACAAGCAUAUUACAUCAACUACGCUGUGGGGGUGUUCUGGAGGCUGUUCGGAUAAGUCUUGCUGGUUAUCCCACUCGAAGAACAUAUUCAGAGUUUGUUGAUCGUUUUGGAUUAUUAGCUCCUGAAUAUAUGGAUGGAAGUUGUAGUUAUGAUGAAAAAGCUUGGACAGAGAAAAUUCUGCAAGAGUUAAAGCUUGAGAAUUUUCAGUUGGGUAGGACCAAAGUGUUUCUCAGGGCUGGUCAGAUUGGGGUUUUAGAUUCAAGACGGGCUGAGGUUCUGGAUAAUGCUGCAAAGUGCAUCCAGCGUCGUUUGCGAACAUUUAUAGCACGUCUGAACUUUAUUUCAAUGAGGGCUGCUGCCAUUGCUGUCCAGGCAUACUGCAGAGGAUGCCUUGCUCGAAAUAUAUAUGUUGAGAAACGGGAGACUGCAGCUGCCAUUUCAAUACAAAAAUAUGUCCGCAAGUGGUUGCUAAGACGUGCUUAUUCAAAGCUGUUUUCAGCAGCUAUUAUUGUACAGUCAAGUAUUCGUGGUUUCUUAACUAGGCAAAGAUUUUUACAUGGAAAGAAGCACAGAGCUGCUGUUAUAAUUCAGGCUUGGUGGAGAAUGUGCAUGUUCCGCUCAGCUAUCCGGCAUCAUCAGACUUCAAUCAUAGCAAUACAAUGUCGCUGGAGACAAAAGCUGGCAAAAAGAGAGUUCCGUAGGCUUAAACAAGAGGCUAAUGAAGCAGGUGCCUUGCGUCUAGCUAAGAAUAAACUUGAGAAGCAGUUGGAUGAUCUCACUUGGCGACUGAAUCUCGAAAAAAGAUUACGGAUUUCUAAUGAAGAAGCAAAGUCAAGUGAAAUUUCCAAGCUUCAAAAGAUGUUGGAAUCUUUAACUCUUGAGCUGGAUGCAGCUAAGUUGGCUACAAUUAAUGAAUGCAACAAGAAUGCAGUGUUGCUCAAUCAGUUGGAACUAUCAAUGAAGGAAAAGUCAGCUUUAGAGAGAGAACUCAUUACAAUUGCUGAGUUGAGGAAAGAAAAUGCUGUACUAAAGGAUUCCUUGGAUUCCUUGGAAAAGAAGAACUCAGUUCUGGAGCAUGAUCUUAAUGAGGCUCAAAAGGAUAGUAGUAAUACUAUCAAAAAGUUGAUGGAAACUGAAGAGAAGUGUUCUCAGCUGCAACAGAAUGUCCAAAGUCUUGAGGAGAAGCUCUCACGUCUAGAAGAUGAGAAUCAUGUCCUUCGACAAAAAGCACUGAGUGUGACUCCUAAGAGCAAUCGUUCAGCUUUGAUGAAAGCAUUUUCUGAAAAAUACUCUGGUGUGCUUGCUCUUGCUCAAACUGACCAGAAGCCUAAAUUUGAGUCUCCCACACCUUCAAAACUUAUACCUUUUGCAUAUGGUUUAUCAGAAUCACGCCAACCAAAGUUAACAGCAGAAAGACACCAGGAGAACUAUGAAUUCCUCUCAAGGUGCAUUAAGGAAGACAUUGGAUUCACAGAUGGUAAACCACUGGCAGCUUGUAUUAUGUACAGAUGUCUUCUUCACUGGCAUGCUUUUGAAUCUGAGCGAACAGUUAUUUUUGACUAUAUAAUUGAGGGAAUAAAUGAAGUUCUGAAGGUUGGAGAUGAGAACCUUACCUUGCCAUAUUGGCUGUCUAAUGCCGCAGCACUUCUAUGCCUACUCCAGAGGAAUUUACGAUCAAAUGGGUUUUUGAAUGCUGCUAGUCAAUUUUCUGCACCUUCUGGGUUGCCAGGAAGGGUUGUGCAUGGUCUGAAAUCUCCAUUCAAAUAUAUUGGAUUUGAGGAUGGUCUGUCACAUGUGGAAGCUAGAUAUCCGGCCAUACUGUUUAAACAACAAUUAACUGCUUGUGUAGAGAAGAUUUUUGGCUUGAUUAGAGACAAUUUGAAGAAGGAGUUAUCGCCUUUGUUGGGUUUAUGCAUUCAGGCUCCAAAAUCUUCAAGGCAUACUGGAAAAGCAUCUAGAUCACCUGGUGGCAUUCCUCAACAAGCACAUAACAGUCAUUGGGAGAGCAUCAUCAAAUUUUUGGAUUCUCUUAUGGGUCGUUUGCGUGAGAAUUAUGUACCAUCAUUUUUCAUCCGUAAACUCAUCACCCAGGUUUUCUCUUUCAUCAAUAUAUCACUUUUCAAUAGCCUUCUGCUGCGACGUGAAUGUUGCACAUUUUCAAAUGGGGAAUAUGUGAAAUCUGGUCUAGCAGAACUUGAGAAAUGGAUAGUUGGUGCAACGGAGGAGUAUGCAGGAACAUCAUGGCAUGAGCUAAAUUAUAUUAGACAAGCUGUUGGGUUUCUGGUGAUACAUCAGAAGAGGAAAAAGUCUCUUGAAGAGAUUAUGCAAGAUCUUUGUCCAGCGCUGACUGUUCGGCAAAUAUAUCGAAUAAGUACCAUGUAUUGGGAUGAUAAAUAUGGUACUCAGAGUGUGUCAAAUGAGGUGGUUGCUCAAAUGAGGGAAAUGUUAAAUAAGGACAACCAGAAUUUGACAUCCAACUCUUUCUUGUUGGAUGAUGAUCUGAGCAUUCCAUUCUCUACUGAGGAUAUAGACAUGGCAAUUCCUGCAAUAGAUCCUUCUGAUGUUGAACUACCAAAGUUCUUGUCAGAAUAUCCUUGUGCUCAGUUUCUGGUGCUACAUCAAAAGUAAAUGGAAUCCAGUCUGAUGUAGGACACCUUUUGCAGUGGCGAUCAGAAACAUAGAUUGACCUCAUAGUUCAUCAGCUGCACAUUUGGUAGUGGAAAAUUUCUUUAGCAUUAUAUUGGGGUUUGGUAUUGGCAUUCCCCUUCAAUUAUUUUGUAGGUUUAACCAGCAUUAUGCAAUUGGUUAUAGGUGUUGAUGCUUCUACUUUUGUGAAGCUCAUUCUUUGUACAUGUUAUUACUUUUUUCUUAAAUUGAAUUUGUAGUGCCAUGGUGAAUUAUCACUAGUUGGUGCUUUGUAUAUAUAGAACGUGCUGUGUCAGAACUGAUUGAUAAUAUAGAUGUUUCAAAGUAAUGUACAUUGAAUUUUCUUAUUCAAGGCA